UCCACUCGCCACCGCCGCCCCUGCCAACUGCACUGCGGAUGCGCUGCUGGUAGAUGAAUGUGGAGUGCCAUCAAGACUCUCCUCACGCGCCACCGUAAUGGCAGACCACCACCACCAGCAGCAGCAGCAGCAGCAGCAGCAGCCCCCGUCGUCCGCCUGCACCAACUGCGGCACCGAGCGCGCCGUCGUCUACUGCUCCGCCGACGGCGCGCGGCUCUGCCUCGAGUGCGACGGCGCCGUGCACGGCGUCAACGAUGUCACGUCCCUCCACCCGCGCGCCCCGAUCUGCGAUGCCUGCGGCGUCGCCCGCGCCGCGAUCCGCUGCCAGAUGGCCGGCAACCGGUCCACGCUCUGCGGCGACUGCGCCGACCGCCUGGCCCCUCCGGGCGGCGGCUCCAUCGUGGAGGAGUACACCGGGUGCCCCUCGCCCGCCGAGAUCCUCCGCAUCCUCUCCGUCGAGGCCCCCUCGUCGCAGGAGGACUUCGACGCCUGGCUCGCUGAAAAGCUGCCCCAAAUCAUGCAGGAGGUUCAGGAACAGCAGCAGCUGCCACCAUCGAUCUGCCAAUUCCUCUCGUCAUCAUACUCAUGUUAUAAUCCAUCCUCCUCGUCAUGCCAGCCGGUCAUGACAUCGACCACUCUUCUCCAAUCCAUGGGAGGCAACGAUCACCAUCUGUCUUAUCUCCUCGAUGGCUUCCCUACUUUCUGCCCUUCCAUGCCCCUAAUGUCGCCACAGCCACCACCGGAGAACGGCACCAGCUGUCAUGACGCCAACCAGCCAUCGCAGAUGCUGGCCACAGAUGAGCAAGCGGCGGCGGCUCAUCACCAGCAAGAUCCAAGCACCAUUGCUAAGAAGCGAGAGGAAAGGGACAGGGCCAAGCAAAGGUACAACGAGAAGAAGAAGAACAGAAAGUUCUGCAAGCAGAUUAUGUACGCCUCCCGCAAAGCGAGGGCGGACACGCGGAAGCGGGUCAAGGGCAGAUUCGCAAAGGCUAGCAAUGAACACCAACACAUACUACACUCAGAUGCAGCAUAA